GGAGUACGGUGAUUUUUUAAAAUCUUGAAGGAAUCCCAACAAAUUUGAUAUCGUUGGAAAAAUUGUGAAAUAAGAAAAAUAAUGGUGCUUCAAUCUACUCAUUGUCUGAUAUAUUGACGGAGAUAUUCCAAUUUACAGGGAAAAAUAUGCAGACUUUGUUCUGUCAAAAAAAAUGAUAAAAGCUUGUUUGAGUGGGGAGACAGUGGCUUUUUGAAAUCUUGAAGCCUUUUGAAGGAAUCCCAACAAAUUUGGUACUAUUUGAAAGCUUGUGGUAUAAAAAGAAUGGUGCUUAAAAUCAACUCAUGAUGUCAAAUAUUGACAGAGAUAUUUCUGUUUAAAUGGGAGAAUGUGCAGAUUUUUUUACAGCAAAAGUUGAUUUUCAUAACUUACACAAAAUGCAAUGACUGGGACUGUGUAAUCCUUCUUUUUAAAGUGCAAUGCGCUGCUAUGUGGGGCAAUUUAUGCCCUUGAAUUAUACAUCAUUUUAUUCAUAAAACUUCAAAGUUUCUCAUGGUAUAGGUUUCUAUAGGGUUUUUCCUCCUUUAAUGGCUUUAUACUUGUUUUAUACAUGGGUGCACAGACAGAUACAUAUUCUGAAAGCGGCAUUUCACCCGAACUCCCUACCUAAACACAUUCACUCAAAGGAAAUUUCAGGCAUUUGCUCACACUGGCCUUGUCCUCUGGAUUUUUUUCAUGUUUUUUAUUUAAGAAUGUAAAUAAAUUGAAUUGGAAUGAUCUUCCCCUGGUUAUCCGUGGAUGCACUUCCAUGGACACAUUUAAACUUUAAGGCACUUCUAAUUAAUAUACUAGUAUCCUACUCUAAAUUGUCAGUUCCUUAAUUUAUAUCAAUGUAUAUAAGUUUUCUCUCUCUUUCCAUUUUUUUACUGCACCUUAAGCACUCUGCAGAGUGGAUUAGGCGCAUUACAAUUCCCAUCUAUUAUUAUUAUUAUUAUCAUGUACAAUAUGUGGUUCCCCAACUUUGCACUUUGCUGAAUGUAGCUGCGCAAUUCUAAUAACAAAAGGCACACAACAACCACUAACUGGUGUUCAUCAUUUUAAAUCUCAUUUCAGGGAGGGUUAGAAAUGAUACUCUAUUAAAUUUUUGGUGAGAUCUCCAUAACUUUUCAAUUGUAAGUGGUCUUGUCUAGGUGCCAUAUUAUCCCAGGCUUGAGGUAGUGCCAAUACUAACCCACUAUUAUUAUUUUUUUAAUUCUCAUUAUAAUUUAGCUAGAAAGAGCAGAAGAGAACUGAAAGAACUUUGAUGGUGACUUGAAUGUUGCAGCUGAGUUUAUAAAAAGGAGGUGAAACUGAAGUCGGGGUCUGUUCUAAAGAAGUACAAGGACCUCUUUCAUAUUCCAGGAUACUGCCCAACUCCCCCAAAAGGGGUCAAACGGGCAGGGGUAAUGGAGUCUGAAUUUACCAUGGGUGCUUCUUUAGGAGAAGGUGAUAUCAAGGACUUUGUUUUGAGCGCGAAGGAUCUGAUUGAGCACAACCACAGUCAGACGGUGAUACCUUACAGAGGGCCUAAAGAAGGCCAUCCGGACGGAAGCACCAAACAAGAGCAACAGAUCGAGAGAAGGAGAGAUCAAAGACAUGAGCUACUCGGGAUUCAAAGAGUAUCCAGACUUGGCACAUUAUCAGUUGGAGAAUGGGAGCCCGAUAAAGAGCUAGUGGUUGUCAAAAGCCACAAGGGAAAGUUUUGGCGCACCAUGGGCUAUAUGCUGCAAGGUCAGAAGUACCUCUAUCCUGAAGAAGGCUUGUUUCUUCUUGAAGUGGGUUCAAUGGAGCUGAAAUAUGGUGGUACUCCCCUCUCUGUCCAGCGAGCGUACAAUCUGCUGAUCCCGACUUACAUACCCAAGGAACAUUAUAGGGUAUACUGCCAUCUCAUGCGCCUUGGAUACAUCACUACACGGCACAUAGAGUCUGAUGUCACAGACUAUGAAUAUCGGCUUCGGAUGCAUCAAUACCGUCACACACAGAACUUGGCCUACCACAAAGUUCAGGGAUGGUUUCAGCAGCUUGGGAAUGACCAACCCAUGAAUUCCAUCUGGCCUGAUAGCGACUCCAGUGGUGGAAGCCUCAGCUCCAUAACCUCCCAGAAGUGGUACAAACGCAACAGGAUGUCGGCAGGCAACAGCAAUGCCAACACGAACAGCAGCAAUGGAAGGGAGCAGUCUGGCUGUGAUUCUUCAGAGGUAGGAAGUGCAGGAGAGAUGUCAAGAGCCAUCAAAGCCAGACAGAGAAACCAUAAAUUACCUGGAAAAUUGAGCAAUGUUAAAAAGUACAAAACUUGUGAGAAGGAGGAAGGGCUAGAUGAAAUGAAAUCUCAAAGUCUGGAGCAUAUGAGUGAUAUCAACAAACAGGAAAGGUGUUCAAAGCAAACCAAGGUAGCAGAUGAUGAGGAUAAUUCAGGGGUCUCAAGAAACUUGAAACAAUCUGAAGAGCAAGAUGGAGAAACUACAAGAGCGGAAAAGACUUGUGAGUUUGUGGAACCAAUGGAACCGAUUGAUAGCCCUGAAAAGAUCACCAAAGCUUUAAAAGACACUUCAGAUGACAGUUCUGUUUAUUCUGAUGGUCCUGUUUUUCCUGAAGAAGAUACUGGCAAAGGGUCAGGUUUUGAGGACAUGAGUAUCAGUCUUUUAGAUUUUCAUAAGAGAAGGCUGACUGCAAGCAGUGAGGAUGGCUCAAAGAAACAUAAAAAGAUGAAAAUGAGUUAUACGGAAAGCGAUAGCAGCCAAGGAAAAGGAAAGUUCAGAUUGUCUUCACACCUCAAUGUUAGUCCACGACUUCCACCUCACUCUGACAAAAAAGCUUGUACACUUGAUGAUAGCGGGAAAGACACACGAAGUGACCUUGACCAGGAGUCGGCCAAGCUUGAUCAGAAUUAUAGAUUGUCAAGUAAACGGGUCAAACAGGGCUUAAAGCAAGUAAAGCACAAGCACCAUGAGAGAAGCGUUAGCUCCGAUCUAGGGCUCUCUGACACUGCCUCUGAGACAUCUGUAGAUCUUGAAGAGUUCCUUGACAUGGUGGUCCCGAUGAUGCAAGGAGCAUCCAAGGGACCAGAGAUCAAUGACCAGGACAUCCAAGCCUAUCUGGAGUAUCCUCACUGGAACUUUGAUAAGAUUGCUCUACCAGACAUUGCCUCAAGCAUCAAGCCUGCGCACCUUCCGUUCCCGUCCAAGGAGCUGGUACCUGCAAGCAUUGCUGCCGGCCGUUGCAUGGAAAACGCAGUAAUGGUUGAAGACAAACAGCUGGAGCUUACUAAGCUGUGCAACAACAACAAGAUGCUCCUGGCCAAGUCCAAGAAGAUCAUAGAUGUUCUUGAGAUCAUCGGUGACAGGAAGGAUAAGAAUCAGGACUCAAAGACUACAAGUGACACUGCCAAGGAACCUGACAAUUGGAAGGAGUAUAAGGAGAAGAAACACCAGGAGGAGCAAAAUUUGACUGAGUUGGUUAAUUCCCCUGUGGGCCAUCUCUGGAGUGGAACUGUCAAGCCCUUGGUGAAACCAUGUGAUGCAAAAUCAACAGGUCAUUUGUUGAACAAACUACAGGUCAUCCAGGCGGCCAAUCUGACCUGUGAACAUGCAGGUCAAAGAUUCUCUCCACCAAUUGUGGACUCCAAGAUUGUGUUUGAUGUAUUCUUGCCGGAUAAGAAGUACAAGAAAACCAACCCUGGUCAGCCUAACUUUUGUGUGGUGGUCUGCAGUGAGGAGGAUCCUGUCCCUGAGCUUGCUGCUCAGAUUGAUCUUCUGAUGAAGGCUGCUCCUGUCCCACUCAUAUGGGGUGUUGUCGACAACGCUGACAUCAACUUCUACACCCUCAAUGACAUCGAACUCCCUGUCGACAUCACCAUUGGUUAAUCAUCACUGGAUGAUGAUGAUAUGCAAACCACUUGCGCUCAAAAUAAAUUCAUUCUUUAUAUGGAUGCUUGGGAUUCAGCAGGAUAUUUGUUUGUAUUUCCAGUUCAGCAUGUGCUAGUAGGCAUACGUGCAAAAUCAUGUUUAAUUGCAUUUGUGCAUGUAUCUUGAAAAAAAAAACAUAAGAAAAAUGUUGGUUUUUCUGUUUAAUAAAAGUAUGAUCAUUAUAUCAUUAAAGAGUUUUUAAACUUUGUGGAUACAAAGAGGCAAAGCAAGUUUUGAUUGGAAGGUUAGUGGAACAAAAGGUGUUAUUAUGUUUCAUGUUGAAUAUUCAGAUCAUUGAAGAAAUGAUUUCGGCAAUUAAGUCAUCAAACUCAGUCUGACGAGGUCUUUAUAAUCUAAAACAAGAUGAAUAUAUGUAUUUAUAUUAUUACUGUUUGUUUUGUGUGUGUGUUUAUUUGUCUAGUGAUGAAAAAAUAUGAUAAUGGAACACAUUUUAUGAUGUUUGUCAUUGCCUUUAUUCUGUUGUUAAAAAGUGAAAGUUUUAUAGAGAGGAGUAGAGAAGUCACAUUACAACAAUUAUAAUGAUCACAUCACAAAUGAUAUAUAACUGAAUUCUGUAUCGUAAAUGCCCCAUUUGACUUAUAUAUAACCAUUUUAGAAUUUUACAUCUGCUUCCUCUUGCACAAGUCUGACCAAUAACAGUUUCACAUGUGAAAUAGUCAACGGGUUUAGAAUCACUCCAUUUUGUACUUGUUCUGUGGUUUGUUUAAUUUUGUAAGACAACUGUAAGCUGAAAUUCUCACAUUCUCAUUAAUAUUUUCAAGCUAUGAAUGCAAGAAAUGUAACAAGAUAGAGAUCUGCACAGUUAUCACUUUAAAACAACACAGUCACGUAAUCAUGUAUUGAGAAUUACAGACUGAUCAUAUUGUGUAUUUAUUCAAGUUAAUCAAGUUCUGCCCAACUUUCACCAACAUUGUGUCAUAAAUAGACAUUGUAUUUUAAAACAAUUAUUUUUCUACCAAACAUUAAUUAAGGGCAGAAAUGUACAUCACGGCAAAGGAAUCUAAAUGUUAUUUUUUUAUUUGUGUAAAUAUACAUGCAACAGCUCAUGCAGCCUAUUUUAGUCCAGAUAUGUUGAAGCAGUCAAUGUUUAGGAAAAGGUAGAAUACUAAUUAGCUCUUACAAGAUUAUCUCUUGUUGUAAUGCCUUUGAUGUAUUAUACAGUGCAUCCCACAAAAAGGAAACCUGUUUUCAGAGAUAGAUUUCACAAUUAUUAAACAUAUUUUUUACUAUAAAUUUGACACUCAUGGCAAGAGUGGAAUCUUAUCUUGAAUUUGAAACUAUUACAAAAAAAUGCAUCAAAUCGUCAAAUAAGCAUGGUCGUUGUAUCUCGAACCGAUCUUGUCCCAUUUUUUUGCGCAACCUGGUUUUGACAUUAAGAUUUCAAACUCAUCUUGCUCAUUAAUGUCUCAUGUUAGGUAUCAAAAUAAGGAGGAAUGAUUAAAUUAUAUGACUGUUAAUGAAAAAUAUAAUUUGCUUUUUGAAGAAAUGGAACCAGCCAUGAAAGUUCACUUUUAUGCUUGAUUUUUCUCUUUUUUCUCGAAUAAAUUUGCUUUUCAAGUGGAUUUGGCUAUGUUAUACAUUACACCCAUAUCCAUAUCCAUAUCUUGAAUUUGAAACUAUUACAAAAAAAUGCAUCAAAUCGUCAAAUAAGCAUGGUCGUUGUAUCUCGAACCAAUCUUGUUCCAUUUUUUUGUGCAACCUGGUUUUGACAUUAAGAUUUCAAACUCAUGUUAGGUAUCAAAAUAAGGAGGAAUAAUUAAAUUAUAUGACUGUUAAUGAAAUAUAAUUUGCUUUUUAAGAAAUGGAACCAGCCAUGAAAGUUCACUUUUAUGCUUGAUUUUUCUCUUUUUUCUCGAAUAAAUUUGCUUUUCAAGUGGAUUUGGCUAUGUUAUGCAUUACACCCAUAUCCUUUGCUAUGCACAGCUAUAGUUCACUGUAAAGACACAGUUAUUCAUCUUCUAAAAAGAUAGUUUGUGUGUAUGUGUAUUGUAUUUGUAUGUAUGGUAUUGCAAUCAAAAUAUAUAUAUAUUCAUAAAUUUAGCAUUGCACAUUAUGUCUCUUGAAAAUGUGAUGGGAUUUAAGAAUUGUGACAAUAAAUGUGCUUUAUCAUUACUGUA